ACACACACACACUACACACAGACACACACAGUCCCCAAGACCCAGACCUCCUCUGUGUGAGAGUCAGUUCCACUGUGAAUCACUAUGAUGAGGACACGACUGCUGCUGUGUGUGACUUUCUGCUGUCUGAGUCUCUCUGUGGCCGGUGACAGCUCUACCUCUCUCCCGGAGGAGAACGGGGUUCUGCUGUUGAAGAAGGACAACUUUAACCGAGCUCUCAAACAAAACAAACAACUGCUGGUGCACUUUUUCGCUCCUCUCUCUGGGGAUUCCCAGCGGCUGGCGUUGGCGUUUCGUGGAGCCGCGGAGCAGCUGAUUGGCUCGGAGGUGAAACUGGGCGUAGUCGACAUCUCCAAGGAAACCAAUCUGACCAAGGAACUGAACGCCACGACUCCACCCACUCUACGGCUCUACCUAUCAGGAGACAGACACAACCCUGUACCCUGCCCAGUUUUCCAGAGUUCGGCCUCCAUCGUAAUGUGGCUAAAGAGGAGGGCGGGGCCUAGCGCUGACAUCAUCACUGACCUGAACCAAUCAGAUCGCUUCGUCGCCUCAGAGGAGCUGGUUGUUCUCGGACUGUUUAAGGACGUGGAGCGGGGUCGUGUGGAGGUUUUCUACGCCGCCGCCGUUGACCUCCCUGACCUCCCUUUCUCUGUGACCCGGAACCAAGACAUCUUCAGGAAGUAUGACAUCACACAAGACUCCGUGCUGCUAGUCCGACAGUCUACCCCUGUACAGGUAUUGAAGGUAACCAGUCAGAUGACUAAAGAGGAUCUCAUCUCCUUCAUCACCGUUCAUCAACUUGAGCUGGUUACUGAAUACAACGGACAGACAGCCAGCCGUAUCCUCUCCUCUCCAGUGUUAAAUCACGCCAUUCUGUUUGUCAAUAAGACUGAUGAACGGUUUCAGACGGUCUACUCUGACUUCCAGGCUGCUGCUACCCCCUACAGGGGAAAGGUAUUAUUUGUGAUGGUAGACGUGGACGAGCCGAGGAAUGGUAGAAUGUUGGAGUAUUUCCGUGUCCGGGAGAGUGAGGCUCCGAUGGUGCGAUUGGUUAAUCUGACGAGUCACGUGACCUAUCACCUGCCGUCCGACACACUGGACACGCCCACCAUUAUAGCGUUCUGUAAGACCUACCUGGAUGGCACCGCACAGCCUAAGAUGCAGAGUGAGGUUCUGCCUGCUGACUGGGACCAGAAGCCAGUUAUACAGCUGGUAGGAGAGAACCUGGAGAGACUGGCCUUCAACCCGGACAAGACAGCCUUCAUAAUGUUCUACCUGCCCUACAGUGAAGAGAGUCGUUCUCUGUUCCCACUGUGGGAGGAGUUAGCCCUUCACUUCCUGGACAGAGAGGAAGUUGUCAUCGCUCGCAUCGACGCCUCGGCCAAUGACUUCAACCUGUCGAUGAGAGAACGCUACCCCGCCCUCCGCCUGUUCCCCGCGCUGCACGCAGAGAGGGUGGUAGCCUACUCUGGUCAGAGGAACCUGAAGGAUCUGGUUCAGUUUCUGGAGAAAGAGAUGGAAAGAGCAAAGAUGGACAGGGCCCAAGAGGAGGAGGAUCGGAGGAAGUACAUUGAGACUCAGAAAGCUAUUGAGGCCAAAGAAGCAAAAGAAGCAAAAGAGGAAAAACAAGAGCUGUAGUGUGUUUACCUGUAGAAUAAAACCUGUAGUUGUAGUAGCUGUAACCUGUAGAAUAAAACCUGUAGUUAUAGUAGCUGUAACCUGUAGAAUAAAACCUGUAGUUAUAGUAGCUGUAACCUGUAGAAUAAAACCUGUAGUUGUAGUAGCUGUAACCUGUAGAAUAAAACCUGUAGUUAUAGUAGCUGUAACCUGUAGAAUAAAACCUGUAGUUAUAGUAGCUGUAACCUGUAGAAUAAAACCUGUAGUUAUAGUAGCUGUAACCUAGUAGUAUAAAACCUGUAGUUAUAGUAGCUGUAACCUGUAGAAUAAAACCUGUAGUUAUAGUAGCUGUAACCUAGUAGUAUAAAACCUGUAGUUAUAGUAGCUGUAACCUGUAGAAUAAAACCUGUAGUUGUAGUAGCUGUAACCUGUAGAAUAAAACCUGUAGUUAUAGUAGCUGUAACCUGUAGAAUAAAACCUGUAGUUAUAGUAGCUGUAACCUGUAGAAUAAAACCUGUAGUUAUAGUAGCUGUAACCUGUAGAAUAAAACCUGUAGUUGUAGUAGCUGUAACCUAGUAGUAUAAAACCUGUAGUUAUAGUAGCUGUAACCUAGUAGUAUAAAACCUGUAGUUAUAGUAGCUGUAACCUGUAGAAUAAAACCUGUAGUUAUAGUAGCUGUAACCUAGUAGAAUAAAACCUGUAGUUAUAGUAGCUGUAACCUAGUAGUAUAAAACCUGUAGUUAUAGUAGCUGUAACCUAGUAGUAUAAAACCUGUAGUUAUAGUAGCUGUAACCUGUAGAAUAAAACCUGUAGUUAUAGUAGCUGUAACCUGUAGAAUAAAACCUGUAGUUGUAGUAGCUGUAACCUGUAGAAUAAAACCUGUAGUUGUAGUAGCUGUAACCUGUAGAAUAAAACCUGUAGUUAUAGUAGCUGUAACCUGUAGAAUAAAACCUGUAGUUAUAGUAGCUGUAACCUAGUAGUAUAAAACCUGUAGUUAUAGUAGCUGUAACCUGUAGAAUAAAACCUGUAGUUAUAGUAGCUGUAACCUGUAGAAUAAAACCUGUAGUUAUAGUAGCUGUAACCUAGUAGUAUAAAACCUGUAGUUAUAGUAGCUGUAACCUAGCAGUAUAAAACCUGUAGUUAUAGUAGCUGUAACCUGUAGAAUAAAACCUGUAGUUGUAGUAGCUGUAACCUAGUAGUAUAAAACCUGUAGUUAUAGUAGCUGUAACCUAGCAGUAUAAAACCUGUAGUUAUAGUAGCUGUAACCUGUAGAAUAAAACCUGUAGUUGUAGUAGCUGUAACCUAGUAGUAUAAAACCUGUAGUUAUAGUAGCUGUAACCUAGCAGUAUAAAACCUGUAGUUAUAGUAGCUGUAACCUGUAGAAUAAAACCUGUAGUUGUAGUAGCUGUAACCUAGUAGUAUAAAACCUGUAGUUAUAGUAGCUGUAACCUGUAGAAUAAAACCUGUAGUUGUAGUAGCUGUAACCUAGUAGUAUAAAACCUGUAGUUAUAGUAGCUGUAACCUAGUAGUAUAAAACCUGUAGUUAUAGUAGCUGUAACCUGUAGAAUAAAACCUGUAGUUAUAGUAGCUGUAACCUAGUAGUAUAAAACCUGUAGUUAUAGUAGCUGUAACCUGUAGAAUAAAACCUGUAGUUAUAGUAGCUGUAACCUAGUAGUAUAAAACCUGUAGUUAUAGUAGCUGUAACCUGUAGAAUAAAACCUGUAGUUGUAGUAGCUGUAACCUGUAGAAUAAAACCUGUAGUUAUAGUAGCUGUAACCUAGUAGUAUAAAACCUGUAGUUAUAGUAGCUGUAACCUGUAGAAUAAAACCUGUAGUUGUAGUAGCUGUAACCUAGUAGUAUAAAACCUGUAGUUAUAGUAGCUGUAACCUAGUAGUAUAAAACCUGUAGUUAUAGUAGCUGUAACCUAGUAGAAUAAAACCUGUAGUUAUAGUAGCUGUAACCUAGUAGUAUAAAACCUGUAGUUAUAGUAGCUGUAACCUAGUAGUAUAAAACCUGUAGUUAUAGUAGCUGUAACCUAGUAGUAUAAAACCUGUAGUUAUAGUAGCUGUAACCUAGUAGUAUAAAACCUGUAGUUAUAGUAGCUGUAACCUAGUAGUAUAAAACCUGUAUUUAUAGUAGCUGUAACCUAGUAAUAUAAAACCUGUAACUAUUGUUGUAGGUCUUUUGAAACCUUUUUUUUACCCACGAUUCUUAGUUCUCUGUUGUUUUUAAACCACUCAGGACCCUGUAACCCCAUGCUGAGCAACAAUUUAUAUUAGAUAUUAGACUGUUUGUAUAACUGAUUAUUGACACCAAAAACAGAUCAGAUUAUUGAUCAGAUUAAAUGAAAUAAAAUCUUCCAUUAUCAUC